GACUGAUCAGAUAAAGAUAAUGUGUUUUUUUUUGAAAGUGUUCAAAUAAAAAGACACUCACUAAACAGACUUUGUUUCAUUAAGUGUUAACUACUCAUCAAAAGAAGAAGAAUCAACAGGAAAUUUCGUCUUUCACAAAAACCAACAAAAAAAAACUGAUUUUUUUGGAAGAGAAAUUUAAAAAAAAAACAAUGGAAGGAAAAAAAUAUAUUUUCAUUGUUGCAACAUUUAUUGUUGCAUUGGCAAUGAAUUCAUAUGGUAUGCCAAAUGAGCAUAAUAAUCGUUAUGUGAGAGAGGCAGAAAAUAAAACUCAUAAUUUAAGAGUUGGAUCAAGAGCACCCGGUGAUGAAUUAUUAUUUCAAAAGAAUAUUGUCAAGGAAUCCAAAUGGCUUAGAAAAGUCAUUGUUGAAGAAACAUUUAAUAUGCCAACAUAUUCAAUUAUUACACUAGUUGAGGCUUUGGAUCAAAAAACCAAUGGAAAUGGUGCUUAUGCAUCACUUACUAAUGGAGGACCAGGAUCACAAAAUGUUAAACUUCGUUUUAAAUCACAACGUGGACAUGGCAUUAAUUUUGUUGUUAAAAUUUAUGGACGCAGAAAUUAUUAUUGAAAAUCAAUUUUUUUUUACAUGAAAUUUGAUUAAAUUAAUUAAUUAAAAUAAUUUAAUCAAAUUAAUUAAUUAACAUAAUUUAAUCAAAUUAAUUAAUUAAAAUAAUUUAAUCAAAUUAAUUAUAUUAAUUAAUUAAAAUAAAAUUAAUAAAUAAAUUAUAUUAAUUAAUUAAAAUAAAAUUAAUCAAAUUAA